CGUGAACCAACGGCUUCAUGCAUUUCAUAUUGUCCCUUCGGUGUGUCCAGCAUUGCCAGGUGUAAGCCUUUUUGUGCGGCAUGGCUAAACUGGGGUCGUUUGACGGCGAUUGAUUCAUAAUCUCUCCGUUAUCGAAGCUCAGUAAUAUUAACUCGGGAAUAAUGAGGAGGUGGUCCAAGGUUCGUUUUGCCAAGAAAUAGACGUGCGACAUCGGCAGGGAUUUCUAGCUGCAUUUAAGGAAAGCGUUCAGUAUUGUUGUUGACGCACGAUAAACAUAGGCUUGGCGUUCGUGUAGCUCCACAUCAUGGCGACAACACAGCAGCCAGAACCAAGCAAGGGGCCCGGAUGGAUGGAGCCGCCCGCCAAAAUCGACGGGGUCCCCAACGGCCUGGAGUACUUGACAGAGAUAGACCAACUCCUGAUCCACCAGCAGAUCGAAGUUUUCGAGGCGCUGACCAACAUAGAGACCAAGAACCGAUACGCUGUCAAAAACACCAUGGGGCAGCAGGUGUUCUUUGCCUACGAGGAAUCAGGUGUUUGGAUGCGGGUUUGCUGCCAGAGUGAGAGGGGUUUCGUUCUGCACGUUGUGGACAAUUUUGGUCAGGAGGUUAUUCGUAUCGAACGACCGUUCAAGUGCUGGGCUGGCUGUUGCUGGUGCGCAAACGUCGACUGCUGCUCGUGGGAAGUUAAUGUGGAGUCUCCGCCUGGCUACCGCAUAGGACGUAUAAGGCAGUGUCAGUCGGCAUGGAAACCAUAUUUUGAUAUAUUCGACGCCAGCGAUAACACCGUACUGAAAAUCGGCGGUCCCUGUUGCGCAUGCCAGCAAGUCUGCUGCCGGUCAGACGUCGAAUUCAACGUGUUCUCGGCGGAGGGAGGGAUCGAGGUUGGCAAGAUCACCAAACAGUGGGGCGGAAUGGUCAAGGAAUAUUUGACCGAGGCAGACAAUUUCGGCGUGUCUUUUCCUCAAGAUCUGGAUGUGAAAAUGAAGGCAGUGAUGGUUGCAGCUGCCUUCUUGAUUGACUUCAUGUUCUUCGAGAUGGAGCCUAGCUCUUAACUCAAGUUGUGAGCUGCGUCGUCAGUAUGAAAGUCAGAGUGAAACCUUUACCCCAAAGUAACGGCUCGUUUGCAAGACCGGAGGUGUAAAAGAAGCACUAUUUUCUCAGGGAAGUUUCUGAGUCCAAAACAAAAAAGCACUGUGUUCUUGAAAAUGCCAAAUUAAGUUUUUGUCUAAUUUGCACUUAUUAAUUUCAAAGACAAUAAUUGACACUUCAUUGUUGUUAAUUCUGUUCUCCUCGAUUUUUUGGAGCCAGACAAGCAUCGUUUAUAGAGAUGGAGUAACUUUACAGGUUUGUUUCGACGGUAGCCACUUAACUCUGGCACAUUUGAAACGUAAACCGCUGGGCAAACUUCUCUCGAGUUUCUGGCGCCCCAUGGUCCAAUAAUCUAUAGCAUAGUUACAGAAAAGAAUAAUUCUUUUUCCUCAGACUAGGAUUUAGAGCCCCCUAUCUAGGCCUGCUGCCCAGUUUCUUCGUUUCCUGGGCAACUUUGGCAAGUUUCAUGUGGGACUAAUGAAAAACAUAACUUGAAAAACGGGGAUUAGUUUUCGAAAUUACGUCAAAUAGUGUGACCUAGGGCUAUAGAAUCGUGCGAAGAAUGGGCGGAGUGAAGCCAAGCCGAUUCAUACACACACAAAAAAUGGUCUCGAGUCUAUUCCCUGACUUAAACUACGCUCCUCCCACAACUGUUUUUCUGACAAGGAAACAAAAAGCAAAGAAUGAUGCUAAUACUUUGAGCUAUGUGAGGAAUUCGAUGCGCUCUCCAGUGUACUAUUAGCUAUGCAAAACUGGUUUUUCUGUAUCUUACUGUUAGUUCUUCGCCUGGGUACACAACCAUUGUUCCAUUCAUCAACAUGCACAGUUUUGUCGCUCAUUCACUCAGCGUUGAUGGAAUGUCUCUGACAUCCAAAUGGAGUCGAACGUGUGCAAGUGACAACCACGGAAAACUAGGGGACUAUGUAAAAACAAUUAUUUUUAUGAAAGUGUGAUUGUAUAAAGUUGAGGAAUGUAAUACCCGUGUGGAAUCUUGGCAAGAAGCUUAUUUGGAACAUAAGGACCACUCACAAGGGUAUACAUCAAAACGCUCACCGAGCUGUUGUGGAAUUAUUUCGUUUCGAAAGCGUAAACAUUGGAAUGACACGAUGUCCUGAGCGGUAAGUCUCUUGCAUCCGUUUCGAUUGACUUUCAGUUAUUAAUCCAUUUGUUAAAACAAUUCAUGGAUUGACCUUUUUUUAAGGAUCAUUGCUAAACAGUGGAAAUUUGGAUUGAUUACAAUUAUUCUAAAUCUAUUAAGUAAAAUGAGAAACAGAAUCGAAAGAAACAAAGUUAAAUUCGGUGAAAAGCGAUACAAAGCAAUUUUUUAAAAUACAAAUGGCAAAGACAAAUAUUAAAUACGUGAAAUAUUAAGAAAUAAAAGUUUCAUGUAGAUAAAACCAAUAGGAAUUGAAGGGCCAAAAAAAAUAUAAAAUGUAGUUUAUAUUUAACUACAUUUUAAUUUUUUUUCGCUUACCAUAGAAAUUUUUUUUAAAGGGACGCAAUGUGAAAGAUAGAUUGCACAGAGAACAGUUCGCAUCUAAAAUAAGAAUUUAUCAGAUGCAAAGAGACAGUGAUAAAAUGCACAAUAUCAAAGUCCAAGAGAAAUAUAACAGAUUUAGUUUGGAAAAAGCAGUUUUAGGAGGAGAUAUAGUUGAAGCUUCGGUCGAUACAUUGCACAUAAUCUCCUUUUGAUUUUUCGUUGUUCCCCCAUCAACAGUAAAAAACAACAACAAAUGAAUGAAAAAUGCUGUCAUUUACGUGCUAUGUAAAAAAGUUCACUAAUUUAAAUGAUAUUAAAUUUUUUAAACACCCUGAACUUACAUUAUUCGUAAAAGACUGAUCUUUAAGUUUUUAGCUUAGCUCAGCUUAGCAAGCUAGUAUAAUGAACUUGUUUGCAGAGACUGUUCACAAUGCCUGUAGAUUCUUAAAGAAUAAUUCACAAUUUACUGAAUAGAGUGAGGUCACAAGAGAAAAUUAAUUCUAAAGAAUCGAAUUUCCACAAACCAGGUAGUAACAGGCCUGAACGGUUCGGACUUCACAUACAGUGCCAAAAGUACCCCUGUCUGAGGUAGAUACUAGUAGGUACAGCGAUUCAGUUUUCGUAACUGAGAGGUGCGUAAAGAAGGCUACAUUGCAUUUCGCAAGCAUUCGAUCCAUUUUGAUAGGUUUCUUCAAAGACAGUAGCCCGGUGUGGAUAGCUAGCUUAAUCUUCCAGUGUUAAUAACAUGUAGUUUCUCUUUUUGUUACGGUUUUAAAUUUCUUUCAAACCCAGAUUCUUUCUUGUUAAUUAAACUGGAUUUAUCACGAAUUGCACGGUGAAAAGACUCUCCGGUUGUAGUAUUUAUUAUUUGGGGGCCACUGACGCAAUUCGAUCAAUUUAUUAUGACACGUAGUGGUGUCAGCACGUAGCUGAUCGGCAACAAAUAUUUUCUGAGGAAGAUUACCGCUGUCAAUUAAUUGUUAUCUUGUUAAUGAACAGUUACUGGAUCAUCCUAGUAAGGGCAAACAUGGAUUGAAGUUUGUGAUUUGUGGCAUUAAAUUUGUGUCUUCUACAA